UCUUCUUUCUUUAAUUUUCCUUUUGGGGUUUAUCUUUCUUGCCAAAAUAAAUAAUCUUUUGCUUAUUUCAAUUCAUUUAUCUCUCCGUUUGUUUUCGGCCAUUGUUUGUUUCUGUUAUUAUUUUUGUUCAUUUUAAUUACCCUUUUAAUCUCCUUGAUUUCUGGUUUUAUUUUUGUUCAUUUUAAUUAUCCUGCUAAUCACAUUGGUUUCUCUUCUGUUUCCUUAUCAGAUCAUAGUUAUCACAAGAUUUCUUAAUUUCUUUUUCUUUAAGAAAACUUCCAGUCUUGAUACAGUUUGUCAUGUUACUUUGGAAAACAAUCCAAGAAGAACCUUUUUGAAGUUUAUCAAUUUCGCUUCAUGUAACAGCUUUUUAAGGAUUUCACGUUAAAAAGAUUUUGGGUUUUGUCUGUUGUUGUUGUUGUCUGAAGUAUGAUGUGGAACUUGUUUGCUGGUUCUUCCAAAUAAGAAGCUCCAAGAAAGACUUGUUCGUGGUGGUGAUAUUAUAUUUUUGGUGCAAAAUAUUAGUGGUUUUGAUCCAGUUUUGGGUAAAGCUUAAGCCUUUUGGUUGUAUACUAUGGGAGGAUUGAGGCUUUUUGUUCGUGUGAUAGAGGCAAGGAAUUUGCCACCAACGGAUCCAAAUGGCCUAAGUGAUCCAUAUGCCAAGUUGCGGUUAGGGAAGCAGAAGUGCAAGACCAAAGUGGUGAAGAAGAACUUGAACCCAAGUUGGGAAGAAGAGUUCAGUUUUAAAGUGGGGGACUUGAAUGAGGAUCUUGUAGUGUGUGUAUUAGAUGAAGACAAGUUCUUUAAUGACGAUUUUGUUGGGCUGAUUAAGGUUCCUGUAUCGCGAGUUUUUGAUGCGGAAGAUAAGUCUCUUGGCACUGCUUGGUACUCUCUGCAACCCAAAAACAAGAAGUCUAAGAUCAAGGAAUGUGGUGAAAUUCUUUUAAGUAUAUGUGUUUCUCAAUCUAUUCCUGAAUUGAACUGCAAUGGUUCGAGGAAGAAUGUGGACAUAAUGCAAUCUCCGUCUAGGUCAUUUAAUGGGAUGACCAACUCUUCUUCAGCUAGAUCAGAAGAAACUGCUUCAUCUAAAGAAGACAAGUUUUUUGCACAGAAAAAUUUAGCUGGGAGAAUUGCUCAAAUAUUUAACAAAAAUUCAGAUGCGAUUUCAGCCACUACAAGUAGAAGCACUGAAAUUUCAGAGCAAUCAGAAACUGAUGGAUCUGAGGUUUGUGAUGAUAAGGCCGAGGACCAGUCCUCUUCUGUCAACUUUGAAGAACUUAUGAAAGAGAUGAAAUCUAGAGAUGUAGGAAGUGAAGUUCCAAAGAACCUACCAGGAGGAGUCCUUGUGGAUCAAUCGUAUUUGAUUGCAACCCCAGAUUUAAACUCUCUUUUGUUUUCACCUGAUUCGAGUUUUGCCAGAUCAUUGCCAGACUUCCUGGGAAAUUCAGAACAGCAAUUUGGUCCUUGGAAAUUUGAGAAUGGUAGUGAGAGCUUGAAAAGAGUAAUUACUUAUGUUAGGGCACCAUCCAAGUUAGUUGGUGCUGUGAAAGCUAGUGAGGACCAGAUUUAUGUGAAAGUAGAUGGGAAGACAUUUGCUAUUUUGAAUUGUGUGAGCACUCCGGAUGUUAUGUAUGGGAGCACCUUUAAAGUCGAAUUGCUUUACUGCAUUACACCUGGUCCUGAGUUGCCAUCAGGAGAGGAAACUUCACAUUUGGUUAUAUCCUGGCGCAUGAAUUUUUUACAGAGUACCAUGUUUAAAAGCAUGAUAGAAAAUGGAGCCCGUGCAGGUCUAAAGGACAGUUUUGAGCUAUUUUCAACGUUUUUAUCUCAAAAUGUUAAGCCAGUUGAUUUGAAGGACGUGGGAUCCAGUAAGGAACAGGUUCUGGCUUCAUUGAAGGCAGAACCCCAAUCAGACAGGAAGCUGGCUGUACGGUAUUUUGGUAACUUUACUGUAGUUUCUGCGUUUUUUAUGGGACUGUAUGUGUUUGUGCACAUCUGGCUAGCUGCACCAAAUGCAAUUCAAGGGCUCGAGUUUCUCGGGCUUGACUUGCCAGAUUCAAUUGGUGAAGUCCUUGUAUGUAGUGUCCUGGCUCUUCAGUGUGAAAGGGUGUUAGGGUUACUUUCACGCUUCAUGCAGGCUAGAGCUCAAAAGGGCACUGAUCAUGGAGUCAAAGCACAAGGAGAUGGCUGGCUGCUUACAGUUGCCUUGAUCGAGGGAAGUCAUUUGCCUACUGUUGAUUCAAGUGGCUUCUGCGACCCAUACGUGGUAUUCACCUGCAAUGGGAAAACUAAAACAAGCUCUAUCAAGUUUCAGAAAUCUGAUCCUCUGUGGAAUGAAAUAUUCGAAUUUGAUGCCAUGGAUGACCCUCCUUCUGUGCUGGAUGUGGAUGUUUAUGAUUUUGAUGGACCUUUUGAUGAAGCCAUGUCCUUGGGACAUACAGAGAUUAAUUUUGUAAAAUCUAAUUUAUCAGAUUUAGCUGAUGUGUGGGUUCCUCUUCAAGGAAAGUUAGCACAAGCAUGUCAGUCUAAGCUGCACUUAAGGAUUUUCUUGAACAAUACGAGAGGUAGCAAUGUUGUUAAAGAGUACUUAAGUAAGAUGGAGAAAGAGGUGGGGAAGAAGAUAAAUGUGCGUUCUCCUCAAACAAAUUCAGCCUUCCAAAAGGUUUUUGGGCUUCCACCAGAGGAAUUCCUAAUCAAUGACUUCACCUGUCACUUGAAACGAAAGAUGCCAUUACAGGGUCGGCUGUUUCUGUCAGCAAGAAUAAUUGGAUUCUAUGCAAAUUUAUUUCGGCAAAAGACUAAAUUUUUCUUUCUUUGGGAGGACAUAGAGGACAUUCAAAUUUAUACUCCUACUCUAUCAUCAAUGGGUAGUCCAGUUAUUGUUAUAACUCUUCGACAAGGCAGGGGUAUGGACGCCAGGCAUGGAGCAAAGAAUAUUGAUGAUGAAGGGAGGCUGAAGUUCCAUUUCCAAUCUUUUGUAUCUUUUAAUGUAGCACAUAGGACAAUCAUGGCAUUGUGGAAGGCCAGAUCAUUGAGUCUUGAACAGAAGGUGCAAAUAGUUGAAGAAGAUUCAGAAACCAAAAUUCUUCAAACGGAGGAGAGUGGGUCUUUCUUGGGUCUUGAGGAAGUCAGCAUGUCUGAGGUUUAUGCUGCUUCAUUUUCUGUCCCUACCAAUUUCGUAAUGGAGAUGUUUGGUGGGGGUGAAUUGGAUCGUAAAGUGAUGGAGAAAGCUGGUUGUCUUAGCUAUUCUUACACGCCAUGGGAAUCGGUGAAGACUGAUGUACAUGAGAGGCAAAUAUACUACAGAUUUGAUAAGCGUGUAUCUCGUUUUGGAGGAGAUGUCACAAGUACACAGCAGAAAUACCCCCUCUCUGAUAGGAAAGGUUGGCUUGUCGAAGAGGUUAUGACUCUUCAUGGAGUUCCACUGGGUGACUAUUUUAAUCUUCACCUGAGAUAUCAAGUUGAGGAUUUUCCCUCAAGACUGAAAGGCUGUCAUGUGCGUGUAUCCAUUGGAGUUGCAUGGCUGAAAAGCACCCGGCAUCAAAAAAGGAUUUCAAAGAACAUUCUCUCAAAUCUGCAAGAUCGCCUGAAGGUGAUUUUUAGUCUAGUCGAGAAGGAGUUUGUGAAUAGAUAAUGAAUGGUUUUCAGGCUACUUCUGUGUAUUUUGUGCGACGGGCUUAGUUGGAGAUGGCUGAUUGUUUGCAUACAUAUAUAUAUAUACACCUUCAGCAGCAAACCAACACACGCUGUCCAUUCAUCAGGGCAUUGCCAUCGGUCUAGAGAUUGUGUGUAUUAAAAAGCUAUAAAUUAUUAGUUAAAACAAAACACGUGGAAAAGGUUGUAAUCUCUAAAUUAGUGAUUCCCGUGCUGACACGCAGUCGCUGUUA